ACUCGACUGAUCCCAUCGGAAUUUCUUGUCUGUAUCCCGCUCGAGCCCAACCCAGGUAUCCGUGGCGGCCCAUACGGCGUCACUCUCGUCAAAUUUGAAGGUUGCCCAGAUAUACCCCUCAGCGUUGAGGAUCCAGGCCCAAGUCCCGGUGACCUUCCACAGACACCAUGUCAACUCUUCAGGUUUAUGGCGUCGGACCUACGACGACGCGUCAAAAAGCUGUUGAAGAUGCUCGAAAAAUGCAAGAAGCCGUCCAAGAAGAAUGCUCCGGAUCAGGAAACCCCGCCCCCCAGUACUCACUGAUAGAAUUAAUCGGAAAGGGAAGCUUCGGUCGCGUGUACAAAGCAGUCGACUUGAGAACUACGGGUGUGGUGGCCGUCAAGAUUAUAGAUGUCGACGAAAGUGACACGGUACAUCCCAAGCUCGCAGAUACAUACAGUGAGAUUCUCAAAGAAAUCAACGCUCUGCAUCGGUUGAGUCAAUCUGGUGCCCAAAACAUCAACCAUGUCAUCGAGGCUCUCCCAGUCGGCAAGGCUAUGUGGAUGGUGACGGAAUACUGUGCGGGAGGAAGUGUCGCGACCCUCAUGAAACCGACAGCGCCCGGGGGACUACAGGAGAAGUGGAUUAUCCCCAUACUACGCGAGGUCGCCGUGGCGAUUUAUUGGGUUCACAAGGAAGGUAUCAUCCAUCGUGACAUUAAGUGUGCUAAUGUUCUGGUCACCGAAACUGGCGCAGUUCAGUUGUGCGAUUUCGGGGUUGCGGGCAUGAUGGAGACGAAGCUCGACAAACGAUCCACGUUCAUCGGAACGCCGCACUGGAUGGCACCGGAAUUAUUUGACCACAAUGCACAGUAUGGAACCGAAGUUGACAUAUGGGCCUUUGGAUCGAUGGUUUACGAGAUCGCGUCGGGGUUGCCACCGAAUGUCCGGGCGAACAUCGGUCUGCCUCAGCUAGGAGAUUACCUUAGAGACCAUCUGCCGCGUCUAGAGGGUGAUCAAUAUUCAAACGAACUCAAAAGUCUGGUUGCCUUCUGCCUCGAAGAAAACCCGUCGAGGCGCCCCACCAUUGAACAAGUUCAACAACACCCAUACCUUUUCAACACCACCUCUAGGUAUCCGACGUCGUCGCUGGCAAGCCUCGUCAAAGCCUUCAAGCUCUGGGAGGAGCGCGGCGGAAGCAGGAAGUCCCUCUUCUCAGCCGGGGGCGCGCAGGCGCCUGCUGAUCUAGGUUCUACUUCGUUGGCCGCGGACGAAUGGAAUUUCUCCACCACUUUGGCCUUUGACGAGCAGCUUCACGAUGCCUCGGACGGCAUCUCCGAGGUGGAGGCUGUCCGGAAUGUUUAUGGCUCAGCUGUCGAUUUCCCCACUACCUUCGGCGAGGACACGGCUCGCCCGAAGGAAAAAGGUCGACGCCGACCGCCUCCCCAGGCUUUAGCUGCGAUGAAGGUCAAGGCCCCUCUGGAGAAGGUAUUCGAUCCCAAUACUAUCUCGAAUUACGACGAGAAUUCCCGCAUGUAUUACGGUCGUCCUAUGCCACCCCCGGCUUCAGAACCGCCUCCGCAAGAGUUCUCUCAGUCCGACCUCCCACUACGCGACGAUUCGCUUCACGCCACGCUUAGAGAGUCCCUGAUAGAUCUCGAUGCGUCUCUUGGCGGCGCAGACCUCUCUAAUUUCGCUGACAUGGGCACAAUUAGACCGGGGCCACUGGGACCUGGACCGAGCCUAGGACUCGGUCCGCGGGCAUCGAUGGAUAACAACUGGUCCUUCUCGUCAGCCACCUCAGAGUCAUCGGUGCAGGAUAGAGCGCCUAUAAGCGACCCUUCGGAUACGGACAAUGGACGCCAUCACGCACCCGAUUGGUCUUGGCCCACUAGCAUUCCUCCCGCCUCUGCUAACCCGGAGAUGUCGCAAUUUACAUUCAACGAUGAUCAUAUCUCAGACUUUGGCAGUGACACACGCCCAAGGCUCCAGCACCAUGCCACUGAGUCAGUAGGGCUGUCGUCUCAAGGUUACGACAUGCAGGGUUCACAUACAUCGAACGAUCGGAUGUCAAUGACCAGUCUAAUUGACCUUGACAUGAGCAUGCCCGAACCUAAUCUCCCGGAACUUACGCGACCAUCCACUGCGAAUUCAGAUAUCGGGUCUAUUGCAGGCUCCGAGAUUGGCACACGAGAGCCGUUCGAGCUCGAGCGUCACGCAUCCGUAUACGCACCACCCAACCUCACCAGCCGCGAGCCCUCCAUAUACGUGUCUGACGGCUCGGAAUUUUCAGCUCAGAUAGCCAGUAAGAUCACUGAGGUGUCGGAGCCCGGGAUCGUGACGGCAAUCCGCGGCCCCGGGUUGAACGUGUCACAGCAGCAGCUUCAGUAUAGAAACCAGUACCAAGGCCAGGGUAACGGAGAAUUCACGGAACCCAGCCCACCGGCGCAGGCGUACAUUGACCAAGAGGACACAAGCGGAUUCCGCUCGACCCCCGACAGCGACGGAUCCCAAGGUUCUGGCCCCGCGCGACAAAACCAGCACCGGUACCAUUUACAACACCUACCGCCCGUCGCGCCGCUGUCGUCAAGCGUCAUGGAGGCGAGGGCCACGGCGGGAGACGUGGCGAACGAGAUGCGCCGCCUGAUAGGCACCCUCGGCGACCACCUAUCGUUUAUCGGCGAGCGCGUCGCUAGGAUGGAGCCCCGCCGCGCGGGGCGCAACUUUGAGGGGGCCGAAUAGCCCGUACCUGACGUCGAAUCGAGAACGACGAUCCUUUUUGCUGUCCGACGCAGGAUAUGGCGGAAAUUGUACACGAGGAGAAAGAGGAGGCAGGAUAGCUUUGUUGUUACCCAGAUAG